ACCGUACUAACAACAACAACAAUUGCACCGCCCGCCAGCAAGCAGAACUGAAAAUGAAAAUGUACAUUUUACAUAAACUGUGAUUAUGAGUUCUACAAAAUCUCAAGUAGCCCUUGCUACAAAUAUUCCAACCAAUUUAUCCUCUGCCGCUUCUGCCUCAUCAGCGGCUGCUGCAGCCGCCGUUGUUGUUGUGGCCAGUGCCAACGUUGCUGUUGCUUCAAGCUCAACAGGAGUAGCAGGAUCAGUAGCAGGAGUAGUAGGAGGAGGAGGAGGAGAAGGCGGUAGUGGCGGCGGAGGCGUUGCUGGUGGUGGAGGAGGAGGAGGAGGCGGAGGAAGUGGAGUUGUACUAGCAGCAGCCACAACGACGACAUCACCACCCUCAUCAUCAUCGUCUCUGUCAUCAUCAUCAACAUCGUCGUCAGCAUCAUCUACAUCAUCGACGGCAUCAUCAGUAUCAGCAUCAGCAUCAGCAUCAGCGUCGUCAUCCGGUGGUUCGCCUGGAAUACCAGCAUCAGCAUCCGCAGCGCCAGCGACAGCAUCAUCACCAGCAACUAAUCAGACAGGAGCGACGUCAUCAGCCACAACAACAGCCGUGUCCAGCAGCAGCAGCAGCAGCAACAGCAGCAGCAGCAACAACAACAGCGAAGAUUCUCAUACAAACGCAUUGGUGGGUGGCGGACAAGGAGGUGGAGCUGCCAAUCUGGGACGUCAAAAUAGUUUUGGCAAUAGACGCGGUAAUAUGAAGGGCAAACAUCUAACACGAAGCCAUGCCAUGCGUGAGUCCACAUCGCCGCCACGCACGCCAACCCCAAGGGCUGCCUCCGAGCAGCAACAGCAACAGCAGCAGCAGCAGCAACCGCUACCACAGCUCCAGGGUGAUGCCCCCCAUGAGCACAACAACAAUAAUGCCAUAACCAAUAACAAUAACAACAACAACAGCAGCAAAGCACAAUCAACUGGACGCGGCAAUUCACCGCUGAUGGAAACGCCCGCCGUGAUUGUCACUAGUCAACAGCAACAGCAACAGCAGCAGCAGCAGCAACAGUUGCAAAUGCCAUCGAAGCCUCCACAGAAUGUUCCUCUAAGCAAUGAGGCUGAAUUCCCCAAAUUAACGCCGCCCAAGAAAUCUGGUGGUGGUGGUGGUGCUGGUGGACAGCAUAAUCGCACCAAUAGCAAUGGCAGUGGUAUGGAAUAUAACAAUAAUACCAAUACCAGUAAUAGUAAUAACAACAGCAGCAGCAGCAACAACAAUGGCAAAAAGUUUGUGGUUGAUAUGAAAGUAAAUGGACUAGAGAGUAACAGUAAGCAACAGCAGCAGCAACAACAACAUCACCAGAGCAACACAAACAAUAACAACAACUCUUCCACAGCGCUCAUCUAUAGUUCAGGAAUGAAUUAUAAGGCAGCCGAUCGUCAUGAGCGCCAUGAACGCCACGAAAUGUCCAGUCAAAAUAGCAAUCUCAGCAAUAAUCACGAUGAUGAUUCCUAUCACUAUGAUCAGCGAGGUGGUGGUGGUGGUGGAGGAGGCCCUGGCGGUGGCGGCAAUAACGGGGGUAAAAAGCAUCGCUCCAAUACCAAUUCCAAGGGAACCAAACCACGUUUGAAGAACAUUGGAGGCAGCUCAUCGGGCAGCAUUGAUGGUGUUGGUGGUGGUGGCGGUGGCGGCAAUGGCGGUGUUGCAGUCAAUAUUGGCGGCGGCGGUGGCAACAGCGGCAAUGGCGGUGGUGUCGGUGGUGGUGGUGCUGGUGGUGGUGUUGGUCCUGGCGGUAAUAGCAAUCUCAUUGUCAAUAAUCAAUCCAAUAUCAUGGCAAAUAACAAUGUGAACAAUUCAAAUAACUCAAGCAACAAUACAUCGGGCUUCAUAUCGCGUGUCUUUCAUCAAUCAGAGAAUUCGAGUGAACAGUAUACGGAUUAUGGUGGAACCGAUUUGUUAAUGUUCUUUCGUGAUACGUUAAACAAGAAUCCAAAGGAUAGACACAUUUUGCUGAAAAUUGAAAAGGAUCUAAUGGAAUUUGUCCAAGAGAAUGGACGCGGUUGUGAGUAUCGUUUUCCGCCAGCUACUUCAUACAAUCGUAUGUUGAUUCAUCGCACAGCGGCCUUUUUUGGCAUGGAGCAUAAUGUGGAUACGGAGACGCAACAGUGCGUUAUUGUGGCUGUUACCAAGGGUACACGUAUACCAGAGAUACGCUUCAAAUCUCUGGUGCGCAGCGAUCAUCGUGAGGAUGCACGCAAGUCAAUUCUAAAACGAGAUACGCACAGUUUCGAUGAAGUGCGUCAGUCUCCGUAUCUUUGUCCCGAACGGGUUAUGCUAGAUCGCAAGGCCAAAAGCUUUGAGGAGCGUGAAGAGGAUUAUGAUAGAGCGCGUAGUCGUAUCUUUAGUCGUACUGCAAAUCAAGAUGGCUAUGGUGGUGGUGGCGGCGGCGGCGGCGGCAACGGCGGCGGUAGUGGUGAUGGGCCUCAAGAUGAUUGCUAUGGUGGCUGGGAGCAGCAACAACAACAGCAGCAACAGCAACAACAGCAGCAGCAGCAACAACAACCGCCCAGACCUAAGCGACCCAAUGGCAAGAUACUACAAAUGCAAAAUUCAACGGAAUCACGGGAUGGCAUGAGAUCUGGCGGAGCUGUACCCAAAUCUCAUAAUUUUGGCAACUAUGCUGGGCCGCCAAGUGCUGGUGGACCGGGCGGUGGCAAUUCCUUGCCACGCGGCGACUCAACCAACUCAAACAAAAGCGGACGUGGCGGAUUCACCAAGCAGGACUCAACUGGCAGCACUAGCACGCCAUGGCGUCUCUCACCUUCCAGCAGCGGCUACAAGACACGCACCCAAUCCGUGCGCUCCGAUUCCGUCACGCCCUCGCCUACCGGCUACGGCAGCGACAGGCAGACGCCGGAGCUAAAUCAACCCACCUCCAAUCGUUUAGGAGGACCAUCCCAUACAACAACAACAACAACAAGAACAACGUCCAACAACAACAACAACAACAACAAUAAUAACAACAACAACUCCGCCUCCUCCUCCGCAUCGGGACUCGUCUGGGCCGUUACAGACAUUUCCAAUGUGCCACUUGGCAGCGUCCUCAUUGAUCCGCAAACCCUCCAACCAAUUGUCAAUGCAGACGGUUCCAUCUACCAUUAUGACCCGUCCAAUUUGCCGCCCAAUCAGGCGCUACAGCAACAUGCUGGCAACAAUUAUCAGUCAAGUGGUGGCAACUCUGGCAAUUAUGUUAACUAUCGCAAAUCGUCACCGCAUCAGCAUCAGCAACAUCAGCAACAGCAGCAGCAGCAACAACAACAGCAGCAACAAUUGCAACCUGCUCUUCAAAUGCAACAGCAACAGGCCUACACCACCAAUGAGCAAUCUUGCAGCUCAACGGAAAGCUAUGCCGAAGAGGUACAAUCCCCAGGCAUGGACUGUUCAGAGGGUUACGAUGGUGGCGGCGGUGGUGGCGGUAAUGGUGGUGGCUACUCCAACGAUCAGCAACAACAGCCAUCGAGUGUGGAUGCCAAUAGCAUCAAAGGCGAUGAUUGUGAUAGUUUGGCCAGUGCCACAGCCUGUUUGAGCAUUACCACAUCAACUUCCACCAAGAACUAUGAUCGCAUUGAGGUGCAAAAGUAUAAAAAUCAAGCGACUAGUCCAAAUAUACCAGCCUGUUGUUCAGCCGAUAAGGAUAAUAGUAUGGAUCUAUUGACAUCCGGCCAAGAUGAGCAGCAGCAGCAGCAGCAGCAAUUAGUGGACGAGGCACAACAGGCGCGAACAGUAGCAGCAGCAACUCCAUCCAGCUCAUCGGUGACCGAUGUGGUGGUGGUUACAGCAUCGACGGCAGCUCCACCUACCAGAGAGAUGUCACAACCAGCAGCAGCGGCAGCAGCAGCAGCAGCAGCGGUCAGUAGCAGCAGUAGCACUCAGAUGAAUUGUGAUGUACAGUCGGUGUCGCCCAGUUCGACACCUUAUAGCCAGUGCGAGGUGGUUAAGCCUACGAAUCCGGGACAUGGCCACAGUCACAGUCAUAGUCAUAAUCACAGUCACAAUCACAAUAGUCACAGUCACAGUCAUAGUCUGAGUCUGGCCCAGAGUCAAGGGCAAUUGACCGAGGUAGAACCGAAGGCAACCACCUGGACGUAUACGCAGAGCUAUCAGGCUCCAGAUGGUUCCACCGUCUUUCAUACCACAACAACACCAAAUGGUCCAGCACCCUACUGUGCAGCCACAUAUCAGCAGGGGCCCGAUGGCAGCUUCUAUGCGGUGCCUCAGGGUAUGGUCUAUGCCGCCUAUCCGCAGCCUGGUGUAAGCAGCGCCGGUGCCGCCUCACAGCCGCUCUUCCAACUCACAACGAGCGCUCAUCAGCCGACACAAGCGAUAUUCGCUUCACCAGACGCUGGCGGUGAGCUGCCCGGUGGCACCUACAUGAUACCUGUCUUCGAACCGGCCCAGCAGCAACGCGAGAGUCUUAUACCUGCCCAGGCCAUUUACCAGACACCAGGAGGACCGGCCGCAACAGUGAUGCCCAUGGCAGCGGCUGCUGCCUAUCCGACUGCACAGUUUGCUGCUGCGGCCCCGAAUGGUGCACCCAUCUAUCAGGGGCCUUUAAUCUACUCCAGCGAGCCGGGUGGUGGAGCUCAAAUCCAGCAAUUGCCAGUGGCCACGUAUCCGAUUAGUUACUCGUAUCCGUAUUAUCAUCCGAUACCGUAUUAUGUUCAACAGCAAGCGGUGACUGCCACACCCAUUCCAUCAGCUGGCCAGGCUCCGCCGCCGCAGCCGGCCCAGGCCCAGCCAGGUCUGGCAACUGCCUCAGCGGCUGGUCCGCCCUCAGUUGCUGGUGGCUCACAGCAGCAGCAGCAACAGCAGUCACAGCAGCAGCAGCAACAACAGCAGCAGCAACAGCUCAGCAAUGGAGGAUCAUUGAUCACAACGAGUGGCUAUAUGGGUGGCGGUGCUGGUGGAGGUGGUGGAGCACGUAUGAAGCGUACACCUGGCGGCGGUUCCAUUCAUUAUAAUCCAAACUACCCGCCGACAUCGGUUGGUCAUGCCAAUGCCGCCCAUCAUCCGGGUGCUGGUUCGGCCCAGCUAAUUGCUGCUCCGGCGGCCAGCACAACGACAUAUCAUGCGCUGCCCACACUGACACUAGCCCAUGGCGGAGCGGCGACCAAUUCUGAUCUCAGUGCCGCAGCCGCUGCGGCAGCUGGUGCCCAUGUGUACGCCUUGCCGGCUCAACAUGCCACGGCUUUGAUCCCAACGAACAUCUUUCCUUAUGCGGCGACAGCGGCUGCUGCUGCUGGCCAACCGGGACCACCGCCUCCAACGGCCCAGUCGGCACCACAUCAUGCCCUGAUCACAGCGGCACCCUUCUAUCCCGCUGGUGGCAGUUCCAUCGAUUCUAGUGGCGCCUCGCAAUCGGCACCAAGCACUCCAGCCGCACCCGGACGUCAAGCUCCUUUGUUCAGUACCCCGCCAGCUCCCAAUAAUGUUAGCAGUGGCAGUGCCAGCAGCAGUGGUGGCGGUGCAGGCGGCAGUAGUGGUGGCGGAGGAGGAGGAGGAGGUGGUGGUGGUGGUGGCGGCGGCGGCGGCGGAGGUGGAGGCUAUCACAGCAACAGUUCCACUCCGCAUUACUAUCAUAGUCAAAAUAGCAAUGAAGGCGGCGGCGGAGGCGGCGGUGGCUAUACGCCCUAUGAGAAGCGCAACAAUGGUGGCGGUGGAGGCGGUCCCCCAUCAACGGGAGGAGGUGGUGGUGUACGCAAGCCAUAUCAUCCACAUCCAGGUGGCUAUAAUCCUCGUCAUUCAGGGCCAUUGAAUGGUCUGCCAUCGGGAGCGAAAACCCCAUUGCUCAAUUCGAAUAAUGAGCCAACGCCCCGUGCAUCGCCUAGCAGCAUAAAUCUAAGUGGUGGUGGUGUCUCAUCCGGUGGAUCCGGUGGUGGUGGUGGUGGUGGAGGUGGCGGUGGUGGACCCUCGUCCUCAUCGGUAUCCUCGUAUCAUCAUCGCGGACCGCCGCAUGCAUCGUUGAACAAGCGCGAGGGCAAACCCAAUCAACUGCCACUCAUUAGCGGACCACCGCCAAGCUAUGCCACUCCAUCGAAUACGGGCAAUCCCUACGAGUCCAAACCGCCAGUGCGUCUAAAUGCGGGCGCAGCAAGUUUCCGCAGUCAGAAGUCGAUCAAUGCCGAUUUUCGGCGCAGUGUCUCGCAACGGAACUCACCCAGCGCCAAUGGUGCUGGCGGCGGCGGCGGCGGUGGAGGAGGUGGAGGUGGAGGCGGCAGUGGAGGAGCAGGAGGUGCCGCUGCCAAUGGUAAUGGCGGCGGUAAUGGCAACAAUAGCCACGAAAGCAGCAACAAUUCGCCCAACAGUAUUGCCGGAGGACCUGGAGGUGGCAGCGGCGCCGGCGGUAGCAAUAAUAAUAGCUCUGCCAAUACUCCAAAUGCCGCUCCAACAACAGCCGCUGCAGCCGCCGCCUUGGGCACCCAAUAUGUGGUCCUGGAUCAGGCCACUGGUGCCACAAUGAAUGCCUCCCCACCAUCCAUAUACUUGAGUGGUGGAGGAGGCGGUGGUGGCAGUGGUGGCGGCGGCGGCGGCGGCGGUGGAGGAGGUGCCAAUGGUGGUAACACAGUGUCUGGCGCCGGCGGACCGCGCGCAUCGCACAUUCCAGCUCAGCUGCAUCACAAUGCUGCCACAGCCGGAUCAGCGGCUGGCUCACAACAAGCCACCACAGCAGCAGUGUUAAGUGGUGUGGCAGCAGCCGCUGCUCUCGGCGGAUAUAAUCCGAAUGCAGCGUCCGGUGUGUACUUCAAGUAUGGCCAGACGUACUAUGCGCAUCCAUCGGUGGCCUUGCCCAACAGUCGACGCUCGCCCUCGAGCGACAUACGACCGCAAAUGGCUCAAGUGGCCGGCAUGUAUCCAGCCACAAUGAUGAUACAAGCGCCACCUCGUCAUCCAAGUCGUCAUCCAAAUCCGAAUUACAAAGGUUCGCGUCCCCGGUAAAGCCAUCUAAAGGAUGCUAAACGAACCUCCUAAACACGACAAAAAAGAAAAGAUAAAUAAUAAUAACAAAAAACGGAGAAAUAAUAAUAAUAAUAAAAAAAACAAGAAAAAUCACAAACUACAUAAACAUAACGGCAUACCUAAGAUAAAUAUAAAUAGCAACCUAAUCUAGUGGAACAUAAAGUAGUUGACAAAAAAAAAAAAAAACAAACAAAAAAAAAAUAAGAGAAGAAAGGAUAAGAAAAUGAGAAUGAAACAAAGCGACAAAAGAAAACAAGAAAAAAGCAAAAGAAGAAUAAUAAGAAAAAACAGAGCAUAAAAAAGGAGCACAUAAGGCGCGCGCAAUUGAUGAUGAUCGCAAAAGUUGUUGGACAUUCAUAUAUAUUUAUAUAUAUAUAUAUACUUUUUUUUUUUUUCGUUAGCAGCAGUUUGGUGGCACUAGAGGGGCGUGGCAAGUGACAGGAACAAGACAUAUAUAGAAACCAUAUAGAGCCGACCGAUAAAUGAAAAGCAAUAGAAAUACAACAACAAAAAACUAUGAUUAUCUGCCCCACAGCAAAAGGCAAAUCAAAUUUUUCUCUUUAUCUAAGUAUGUAUAAAUGGCUAAGAAUUAUUGUUAUCAAAAAUAUAACAAACACAACCAUCCCCAAUUAGUGAAGAGCUAAAGGAAGAGAAGAAGAUUGCUGUGUAGGGUAUAUUUUGUGCCAUAAAACAUCGACGGUCGACUGAGAGACGACACGGACAUCAUAAUGCUAACACUCGGCUUAUUCAAUUCGGACUAUGAUUUUUAGUUCAUCAAAUUCUCCUAUAUAUAGACUGAGAGAGACAUUAUGACUACAUAAUAAAUGAGAAUGAAAACUCAGAUAAAAUAACAGAAGUCAAGCCAUUUUGCCCGCUAAAGCAAGACUAGCAGCAAGGGAGGAGCAUUAGCACUAGAAGCAGAAGUGAAUCCAGAGAAUCUCUAUGCCCCAAGGCCUCCUUUUCUAAUCUCCGCCUCCUCCUCCUCCUCCUCCGGUUCCCAGCAAUCCAUAAUUAUAAUUUUGAAAUAUUAUAUAGCCUAUGUAUAUUAUUUCUAAAACUAAAGCUGCUACCAAAAAAAAAUUCAACAAAAAAAAAAGAUGAAUCUAUGAAUCUUUCUCUUCUCUAUAUAUGCAUUAUAUGAAGUCGUCUUGCUUUGGUGUGUUUAAUUGAAUGCGUUUUAAUUAUUUUCCAAAUCUCAACCGAAAGCAAAAAUCAACAACAACA